AACUUUGGACAUGCGCAUUGAAAACAGCACAACACGGGGUCGCAUUGGCUACACGUUUCGUGUGCUGUGGUGAGGGGCAGAAGGAAGUAAUCAACCUUGUUCAAGGAGAUUCAGCACACGAAGUAGAGGUUUUCUUCUGAUGUCAGCAUCGGUUUGGUCUAACCUUUUUCUGGCUUGCUCACGGGCGGUAGUAAAAUGGAACUUGAGCUUGCCAGGAAGCCUCUUUUUUUUGUCCCGUAGGACGAGACUGCCGUACACUCAGAGCGCAGGAAAGAAAGACUCGCCGGAUCUCGUUUCUAUCAAUGAGGGGGAACUCGAGGAGCAGUUUGUGAGAGGGCAUGGACCCGGAGGACAGGCAACCAACAAAACCAGCAACUGUGUGGUGCUGAAGCACAUCCCAUCUGGAAUCGUGGUGAAGUGUCACCAGACAAGGUCAGUGGAGACCAACAGAAAAAGAGCCAGAACAAUUAUGCAGGGGAAGCUUGAUGUUUUCUACAAAGGCAAAGACAGUGACAUUGUGAAAAACAAGAAAGAAGCAGAGUGGAGGAAGCAAGACAAGAGGAAGAAGGCAAAAGACAUUUUAGAAAAGAAGAAACAGUUUAAAGAAAAUCUUCAGACAGAUUCCAAACAAAGUGAGGAAACAGACUCCUGAAAGUGUUUUUUUAAAAACGUGUUCUCCAAAGACAAGCUGCCUUGAAUUAUGAAAUGACAACAUCAAAAAUAGUUUUGUUUCUUUCUCCAGCCCAGGGGGAAAAAAAACUGCAAGAUAUAAGCGUGUGCUGCAGUUACAAAGGGUGUUUGCAGAAGACAGAACGAGUAUGAGACAGUAUAUGACCGUAUUGAAUUGAUAAAUGGGAUCGGAUUUCUGGUGUAUGAUAACCAUGCAGUGGUAAAACGUGAUUUUUAAAAGGGUGUGAUGUUGUUUUUUUUUUGUUGCCUGGGUCUGAAAAUUCAAAAAAGUUUACUUUUAAAAUAGAAAACGCACAAAAACAGCCAAA